CCCAUCCAUGGGCAUUUGAGAAGAACUUAACUUGCUGUCGGAUGUCACAUACCAACAAUCUGAUGUAGACAGAAAGCUAUAAAAGUGCGGACACAUGUCCGCGCUCAGAGCAUGAAGGCGUGCGCUCCAUCGAAGACCAUGACAUGAUAACAGACCUUCAUUUUACGCACGUUUACGCAAACGCAAUAACAGCCACACAUGGUUUUCCAAUGGAAUCAAAUCCUAUGAUUUAUGGCGAGGAUUAUUGAAGUGAAGAUAAAAUGAGCAUAAAUGGCAGCGGCUUGAUGAACAGUUCUUCACUGAGCCCUCUGAAUCGCCCUCCCUGGGUCGCCACAACUUUGGGCAGCUUUCUGAUCUUCACUAUCGUGGUUGAUAUACUGGGGAACCUCUUGGUGAUCUUCUCCGUGUACAGAAACAAGAAACUCCGAAACGCAGGGAACAUAUUUGUGGUGAGCCUGGCAGUAGCUGACCUGGUGGUAGCAGUCUAUCCUUAUCCUCUCGUGCUGGUCUCCAUUGUCCAUAAUGGAUGGAAUCUGGGACUUGUCCACUGCCAGAUCAGUGGAUUCCUGAUGGGUUUGAGCGUGAUUGGAUCUAUAUUUAACAUCACUGGCAUUGCCAUCAAUCGCUACUGCUAUAUCUGUCACAGCCUGAAGUAUGACAAGUUAUACAGCGACAAGAACUCGCUUUGCUACAUUCUUCUCAUCUGGAUACUGACCGUGGUCGCUAUAGUACCAAACUUUUACGUCGGGUCCCUGCAGUACGACCCCAGGGUCUACUCGUGUACCUUUGCGCAGUCGGCCAGCUCGGCGUACACCAUCGCCGUGGUGUUCUUCCAUUUCAUUCUUCCAAUCAUGAUUGUGACGUACUGCUACCUGCGGAUCUGGAUCUUGGUGAUCCAAGUGAGGAGACGCGUCAAACCCGAGUUCCGGCCCAAACUCACACCGCACGACGUGAGGAACUUCGUCACCAUGUUUGUGGUGUUCGUUCUUUUUGCCGUCUGCUGGGCCCCUCUUAAUUUCAUCGGCCUGGCGGUCGCUAUAGACCCCGGGCGGGUCGCGCCUCUCAUCCCCGAGUGGUUUUUUGUAUCCAGUUAUUUUAUGGCCUAUUUCAACAGCUGCCUUAAUGCCAUAGUCUACGGACUGCUGAACCAGAACUUCAGACGAGAGUACAAAAAAAUUAUUGUCUCACUCUGUACUGCGAGGAUGUUUUUCCCAGAGAGUUCAAACGAUGCUGUGGAUCGGAUCAAAAGCAAGCCAUCUCCUUUAAUGACAAACAACAACCAAGUCAAAGUAGAUUCGGUAUGAGAACACUGUGAAAGAAAACCAAAUAAGCAUUUCAGCAGCUUUCAAAACUGACUAUUUAUAACCAAUAUUUAUAACCUGAAUACAGGUGUAUGUAUUUCUUGUACCUGUUGCAUUUACAAAAAGGUGCAUUGCAAAAAUCUUGCUUGGUCUCAGUGUUUACAAGUUCAUAUUGUUAGACUUUUUUAUUUUAUAUACCGUAGAUCCACACAUUUUUUUUCAGGACAUCGUAACAUUUAUGCUACAAUCCAAUGCACACUCUGUCGUACAUAAGGAACUAGGUGCCAACUGAGCAGAACAUUAGUGCUUAGUCCUGAUAAGUGCUCAACAAUAUAAUUUAUGACCGUUAUCAUAUUGUUUUUUAGGUUUAGUUAUUUUCUGAUGUUUUUAGAGGCUGUCUGCAGCGCAUGCCAAAUAAUGCAUUUGCAAAAUAACACUUUGUUUAUUGUACUCAAGUGUAUUAUUUCUAGGCAACCUGGUUUAAAUUGGUAAGACAGCCAGUGCAGGCCAACAGAUUUUGUCCCAUGAAAGCAAAUGUCUUUAGGUUCCAUGACAGAUUUAAGACUGGGUUUAUGUAAAUGCAGGCAAGGACUUGGAACAGUUCAUUAGUUCACCAGUUUAGGAUUGUUUUUGUCAAUGGGGUCUAAAACAACACCGGACUGCAUUGAAUUUUAUUGAACGGACAAAAGAAAAAAAUGCAUUUUAUAAAAAUACAGUUUGGAGCAACAUGAGUAAAUGAUGACACAGUUUUCAUUUUUGGGUCAACUUUACUUUGAAAUUGUCACUGUAGCAUCUAUGUAACUGCAUAUCUUAUGAAAUGUUAACAAACUGCAAAGUCUAAAAAUGACAUUUUACAUAUUCAUGUUCCAUAACAGGUUCUUCUUAUCUCUCUGUUACAGCUCGUACGAUUGAUUUAUAUGCCAGAUUACACUGCUAUAAUAUGGCAGUUGAGUGCAUUUAAUGAUAAAGCAAUAUAAGUCUCUUUUUAAACAACUUAGGGUUAAUUCAGGAUUACUGGGUCAUAUCAAUGGCAAAAAGACUCCCAAUUUGCCUGAAUUCACCCAUCCAUAUUCUGGCAUACAGUAGAUCAAGUUCAGUGUACUACUAUAAAUCACCUUUACAAUAUCACAUAAAUGGCAUAUGUUCAACACAGUACCUUACUUUCUUGUUUACAACAUAAAAAUCAACUUAAUAGAACACAUUUGUUUGUCUGUCCUUGAACUUUUCAAUGUUAAUAAACUGUGCUGAAUAA